CGGAAGUCCGAUUCUUUUAUCUUUUCCCUUUUUCAUCCUUCUUCUCUUUAUUGUGUUUUGGGGGGUAAUCUCGUUCUUUUCUUUCUCGUUUUAUAUUUUAAUGUGUUAAAUUUUGGAUGAUCGGUCUUGUUGUGCUGAUUGGAAUCUGGUGUGUCUGCUUCGAGAGACAAAUAAAGGGGCUCUAGAAAAAUCUUGGAUUCUUGCGAGCGAAUUCGGGUGAUCGAUUCAUCUAUGGUGGACAAUAAAGUUCAAUUUUCUUGUUUGUCCUCUCGCUGUUGGUUCACUGAAUAGCGAAAUUGUAGUAAAAGUAUAUCAGAUCGUCCUGAGUCAUCUUCUUCAGAAUAUGCCCUAUCUGAGGCUUUGGACUAGUGGAUCACAUGGUAAAAACAAAGAACUGGUAGAACGCUUGCAGCUGUAUGGAAUUAUCAAGUCAAAGAAAGUGGCAGAAGUAAUGGAGGCAAUUGACAGGGGGGUUUUCGUACCACCUGGCAGUGCACCUUAUGUUGAUUCUCCUGUGCCAAUAGGUUAUAAUGCAACUAUUUCUGCUCCUCAUAUGCAUGCAGCUUGUCUAGAGCUUUUGGAGGAGCAUCUGCAGCCAGGAAUGAAAGCUCUGGAUGUUGGAUCAGGGACUGGCUACUUAACAGCAUGCUUUGUGAUGAUGGUUGGACCACAAGGUCGUGCUGUAGGGGUUGAACACAUUCCUGAACUAGUUGAUUUUUCAAUCAACAACAUCAAGAAUAGUGCAGCAUCAACACUUUUGAAGGAAGGUUCAUUGUCUGUCCACGUUACCGAUGGAAGACUAGGGUGGCCGGAUCUGGCACCCUAUGAUGUCAUUCAUGUCGGGGCUGCUGCCCCUGAGAUCCCUCAGCCGCUGAUCGAUCAAUUGAAACCUGGUGGCCGAAUGGUGAUCCCGGUAGGAACCAUUUUCCAGGAUCUGCAGGUGGUUGACAAGAAGAUGGACGGCUCAGUGAGUAUCCGAAGUGAAACACCUGUACGCUAUGUUCCGCUGACAAGUAAAGCAGCACAACUGCACAACAACUGACUUGCUGGUUGCGAAGUAAAUAUGAUUUUGACGAAAGGAUCCUGGUGAUGAGCCAUUUACAUAGCUUAUAAAGCCUCGAGUGGGGGACUCGGUCAAAAUCAAAAGGAACUCAUGUUAAUGUGAGGUUGAUAAAUGCGUAUAAUAAUAUGUGUAUUCCGCAGAUUGUGCUUCUCUUAUUAGAUACUCAUGGCACCGCAUGAGUUUUGUGAUUCUCCUCCGUAGAUAGAAUUGGCUGCUUGUUCUA